AUGAAUCCAAACAGACAAGCCAAAUCAAGUUUGCAAGCUGUCAAGUCCAUUGCAGAUCCUUCUUUGUUCACCAGAGGCAGUGAUGACAGUUUCAUCGCGUUGAUAGUCUACGUUGAUGACAUCCUAGUGGCAAGCAGUAAAAUAGCCCUCAUUCAGCAGAUCAAACACUUACUUAAUGCAGCAUUUAAGAUCAAGGACCUGGGUGUCCUAGGCUACUUCUUAGGUAUGGAAGCAAAGCUUAGCAAUGAGGGACUGAAUUUGUGUCAGCGAAAAUAUGCUCUUGACAUUUUCAGUGAUGCAUGUUUACUUGAAUGCAAGCCAGUGCAUACAACAAUGGUACCGGGAGCACAUUUGUUACGAGGGGAUGGGGUACCGUUAGAAGAUCCUGCAAGCUACCGGAGACUGGUAGGGAGACUCUUGUACCUCACGGCUACAAGUCCAGACAUUACUUACGAUGUACAUCAGCUCAGCCAGUUCGUAAGCACUCCCACAGACAAACAUAUGGCUGCUGCCCACCGUGUGCUCCGUUAUAUCAAAGGAUCCCCUGGACAAGGGCUGUUCUAUCCAGCCAACACCACACUCACACUAAAGGCCUUCUCCGAUUCUGAUUGGGCUUCAUGUCCUGAAACUCGCAAGUCGAUAACCGGGUUCCGCGUCUUUCUUGGUGAUGCUCUUGUGUCAUGGCGUUCGAAAAAGCAACCUACAGUUUCCAGAUCUUCAUCUGAGGCGGAAUACCUUUCUUUAGCCGCUACUGCCUAUGAAUUACAGUGGAUAAACUCUUUGGUUCAAGAUCUUCACGUCAAUCUAACCAAUCCUGCUCUUGUCUUCUGCGACAACAAAUCCGCGAUUGCCAUAUCUGAGAACUGUGUUUUUCAUGAGAGGACUAAGAACAUUGAUAUUAACUAUCAUUUGGUGAGGGAAAGGGUUGCUCAAGGGUUGAUAAAACUGAUGUCUGUCUCUUCCCUUCAUCAAAUUGCAGAUGGCUUCACUAAGCCCCUAGCUGCUUCUCUUUUUGAUAUGUUUGUAUCUAAGCUGGGUGUACAAGAUCUGCACAGCCCAGCUUAG